AUGGAUUGGCACAGCAGGUACAUGAAUGCGGUGGAACUGGAGGAGUAUGACAAGGAAAGUGAACCAAUUCUAGUUACACAGCAGACUAGAAAGGUACCGACUGACAAGGUGCUAGAAUUUCUCGACUUACUUUUGACCCACGAAGGUGGCGAGUGCUGGAUGAAACAGCUUGAUCCAGCCAACCAAACGCCGAAGAAGAAUGGCGGCGAUCCGAAUGCAACGACUAUGAGUGACAAGAACGUAGAUCAGUUUCAAAUGAUGAAAAAUCGUUUGGCAUCGGUGGCUACUCGACUUCUGAUUCAAAUGCCAGAACUGAAUGCGUCCGGGAAUUCCAAAGCGCCGCGUGUCUCCAAAGUGCGGGUUUUGCAGCUUCAGCUUGUGUGUCGAGUAUUGUGCUACGGAGCAUUAAACAAGAGGAGAAAAGAAAAAAAGCGUCUGAAAAAUGAGAUUCGGGGUCUGAUGGACCGUGUGGCGCUACUAUUAGAUGCUGCAAAUCCGCCGUCGUUGGCUGUCGAAGAUGGCGAUGAACGCUCACCUUUCCAGAAGUUUUUGCAGCAAGAAUUAGCUUCGAGGUUUCGAUUAUUAGUGCCCGAGCUCAUGCGCUAUUUACUGACAACAUACGAGCUUGAAGAUAAUAUGCUAAAGGAUGGUGAUGACAACGAUGCACUGAGUACACGAUCCACGAUGGCCGUUAAGCCACUUCAGGUCUUUACCGACCAAUUAAAAGGUGUCGAACCCGCUAAACAAAACAUAGUUGCUGCACUGCUCCAAGAACGAACUGCAAAGCGUGCUCGCUCAGAGGUUAGUGGGCUUUUUAAAGAAUUCCAGUUGCCUAGUCGUAUGCAGCAGAAACAGAUGCAAUCAGCUCAAACUUUGAAGCGAGUUUCCAAAAAUCAAGACAGUAGCUCGACCAGAAGUAGCAGCACAGACGAAAACAAGAGUACUGGUUAUAGUACUCGUAUGACGUUGAAUCAUGAGAUGCAUUCGAUUGCAGGCUCAAAAUUGAUGCAGAAGUUCAAGAACCGAGACUUUACAAAAUCAACAAAAACUGGUCAAAAGUUGCGUGAGUCAAUUCUGCAGCAUACUGCUGCUAGAUCCCGUGUAAAAAAGCCUUCGAAUCCACUAUUAGUGAAAGCCAUGCCAGAGCGCGCUUUGCAGCAAUCUGCAAUUAUCUCCUCGACAAAAUCUCCUGCACGAGAUUCGAUAGCAGAAAAGACUCAGCCACAGCCGAUGUACCGAGCGAAAGCCACUUCAUUGAUUGUCAUGCGAACACCCGAUAGACCAAAGCGAAUGGCAGUACGGGCGCUGAAAAGGGUAUUAGUCGAUGCGUCUCCUCCGCUCCGAAAGCCAAAAGGGAUUGGAUCUAAACCACAUCUUCUUCAGCCAAAUUCAACUCGGUCCAGUAGGAGAGCUCCAGCUCUUUUUAACUAA